UGCUGAUUAGGAAGUAAAAACGCCAGUGGCUUCUGACAAAAUGUCUGCUUCUGCUGUAGCUAGCUGUGCUACCAGUAUUCUCUGCUGCAGUCAGGGAUCCUUGGACUACAGACAGCUUUACAAGAGAGUCUGCAAGUAUCACACAAUUACAGAACAGCUUUUCUGUCAGAUCCUGAGGAAUGGCAGUAGGUUUGCUAUAGUUGAAGGUACUGAGGGGAACAUUCCAGGGUGUGAGCUCAGCGAUGAUACCACAAUCAUCGCAAAGACUUCAGUGAGACUGUGCAAACAGUACCCAAAAGAGGACUGUGCUGACUGCAAUGGGCUUCAUCUUUGUCGAUAUUUUGUUUGUGGUAACUGCAGAUUUGACAAGGAAAGGAAUAAAUGCAGAAACUCGCAUGACCUUCAUUCAGUCCACAACAGUAACAUCUUGAGAGCUAAUCAGCUUCAGGGUCUGCAGGAGGCUGAGUUAUCCCAGUUACUGCUCCAGAAUGACCCCUCUCUUCUGCCUGAGGUGUGUGCACACUACAAUAAGGGCAAUGGGGAAUAUGGAUCAUGUACCUUCAAAACAAAAUGUACCAAACUCCACAUAUGCCAACACUUUCUGCAAGGAAACUGUAAAUUUGGACAGCAAUGUAAGCGGAGCCACAAGUUUGAUGCAAAUGCUCAGAAAAUGUUGGAGGGCCGGGGUCUCAGUGCAGAACUAAUAUCCAACCUGCCUUCAAUAUAUAACAAUAUCUACACCAUUACCUGUAGCACUGGCAGCAGUGCAGGAAAGAAAGUACGUACAAGAGAAUCAUCAGUAAGCUCCAUCAGUGAUGUGGACAGCGAUGAAAUCUGCCUUUUUUACAUCAGGAAACACUGCAGUUUUAAAGAAAAGUGCAUUCGCGUCCACUUCCAUCUGCCCUACAAAUGGGAAGUGUAUAACGGGUUGACCUGGAAAGACUUGCCAAACAUGGAAGAGAUUGAAAAGGCUUACUGCGACCCAGAAAACACAACCAGUAAUGGAUCUCCACCAGUCAAUUUCCUCACAAUGACUCUGGGAUCAGCUAAAGUCAGACGCCUUUCCACAGCUUCCUCAGUCACAAAGCCCCCACACUUCAUCCUGACUACCGAAUGGGUCUGGUACUGGAAAGACCAAUGUGGUGUGUGGAUUGAAUAUGGAAAGCAAGACGAUGGUCAGAACGUCUCAUCAGUCAACACUGAAGUCUUGGAGAAUGUGUUUCUAGCUGAUGAGGAUGGUGUUGUUCCAUUCAGCUCAGGUGGUCAGCAGUACACCCUCAGCUUUAAAGACAUGUAUCAAAAGAACCUGAAAUACAAAACAAAAAGGGAGGUGCGGAGAAGGCCUAGAUUUGUUUCUUCCAAAGCUGUGGACAGCAAGAUAAAGCGUGACUCUUCAGAGACACAAAGCUCAAAUGCUGUGUCUGUUCCGAGUCACUGGGACCAAGGUGCCUUGCCUGAAUUUAGCUACAAGCUGAUUGAACUUUCCAAAACCUCUGGAGAAUUUCAACAUGUUGAAGGUCUCUUUAAGCGGACCAUGGCUGCAGCGACCGUUCAUAAGAUUCAAAGGAUCCAAAACCCCUCUCUCUGGAAAGUGUUCCAGUGGCAAAAAGAACAAAUGAAGAAGAAAAAUGGAGGAGAGAGUGUGGAUGAGAAAUUUUUAUUCCAUGGUACAGAGCAAAGCCUAUUAGAUGCCAUCUGUGAGCAAAACUUUGACUGGAGAAUCUGUGGAGUCCAUGGCUCACUGUAUGGGAAAGGGAGCUACUUUGCAAGGGAUGCCUCAUAUUCUCACAGCUAUUCCAAGACCAGGACCGGUACCCAGAUCCUCUUUGUGGCUCGGGUGCUGGUUGGAGAGUUUACCAGAGGAAAAAGCAACUAUGUACGCCCUCCCCCCAAAGAUGGCAACAAUACCAGCUUUUACAACAGCUGCGUAGACUCCAAGUCUAACCCUUCGAUUUUUGUAAUUUUUGAGAAACACCAGAUUUAUCCAGAGUACCUAAUUGAGUACCAUUAGCAGGAGUAACAGUCUACUGCAAGAGUUAUUCAAUCAACCCUUUAUUUUGUGUUAAUUUUCCAAUUUUUGAUAAUGGAGUAAUGUCGCCACAAAAUUGCUUCAUUAUGCAAUGUAAGGCUUUAGAUAACAUCUAACUUUUCUAUGUCUUUUUGGUGUUCAUAUUUCUCAUUCUUAUUUGGGCCACAGAGUGGCAUGAUACAUGUUUAAGAGGUAGCUUGUGGCUAGAAGUAAAACAAAUUAUUGAGAAUGUAAAGAUAUGAUGUAGAUAAUAAAUUAUUAUUAAUUACCUCUGUAAAACAACAGACAGCAAAAACUAAACCAGCUUUUAUCAUGGCACUCCUGCUGCUCCUAUAGUACCGUAUUACUUCAAUUUGGUGCCAGAGUGUUUAUUUAAAAUUGAUCAAAUGACUGCGGCCCUUUACGAAGGCAGCGAUUAUUCAAGGGCGGCCUUUAUUAAUAAUACUAUGCUUUACAAACACUGCAAUAUUUUAUUAAAUGAUUUAUGGCAUUUUAGAAACGGCGCCAUGAGAAGCUCCGAUCUGCAGCACUAUACUCUUGUGUGUUUUUGGGCCUUGAAUACAGUACAUUUACUGACAGUUAACGAGAGCCUAUUAGGUGGGAGUUGGGAGAUAAGGGGAGUACUGUACCAGCAAAUCAGGGGUGUGUAUUGGUUGCUAUGGGGCAGGACAAGAAGAGGAGAGAGAACGGUAUUUGAGUGUAAUGCAGUUGUUUUUCUUAUGGAAAAAUAUUAACUCUGAAUAUCGGUUUGAUUUAUGUUAAAAUUAAAAUAUAUCCUACUCAGUUUUUUUUCUCACUGUAAUUUACCUGCUUGUUUGUAAUUUAAACGUCUAGCAAACAAAUAAAUAAAAUGCCUUUUGAAGUACCCA